CGUCUCCUUCCUUCCUGGUUCCUGCUGCAGCUGCCGCCACAGCUCGGCUCUGAGAGCAGGGAGCGGGUGGCUCAGAGACCGUGACUCAGAGGCGGAGUGGUGCUCGGGCCAAGGAGCACUGGCGUCCAUGGACCCUGGGCAGGGAGUGGCCGCUCCCUUCCCCAUGGACUUCCAAGAGUGGGACCCUCCCUCCCUGGCCGAGAGCACUCAGUCUGCAAAGCCCAGCGGUGGCCAGCAGACCACCGAGCUGUGGGAGGUGGUGGAGGAGCCUCGGGGCCGGCUGGGGCCAGAGGGUAUCAUGCCCGAGAGGCAGGAAGGCCACCUGCUCAAGAAGAGGAAGUGGCCUCUGAAGGGCUGGCACAAGAGAUACUUCGUGCUCGAGGAUGGGAUUCUUCACUACGCGACAACUCGGCAAGAUAUCACCAAGGGGAAGCUCCAUGGCUCCAUUGAUGUCCGACUGUCGGUCAUGUCCAUCAACAAAAAGGCCCAGCGCAUUGACCUUGACACUGAAGACAACAUCUACCACCUCAAGAUCAAGUCCCAGGACCUGUUCCAGAGCUGGGUGGCCCAGCUGCGUGCCCACCGCUCAGCCCAGCACCUGGAUGUGCCCCGAAGCCUGCUGCCCAGCACCACCCACCAGAAGGUUCCCAGUGCCCAGCCUCCGGCAGCGGGUAGUGCCUCGGCUCUGCCAGGGGUUGGACCUCGGGAGAAGGUGUCUUCCUGGCUGAGGGACAGUGAUGGGCUGGACCGCUGCUCUCAUGAGCUCUCGGAGUGUCAGGGCAAGCUCCAGGAACUACACAGACUCCUUCAGAGCCUGGAGUCCCUGCACCGGAUCCCCUCGGCCCCUGUCAUCCCCACACACCAGACCUCGGUGACGACGGAGAGACCCAAGAAGGGGAAGCGGACCAGUCGCAUGUGGUGCACACAGAGCUUUGCCAAGGACGACACCAUCGGGCGGGUGGGUCGUCUCCAUGGCUCAGUUCCCAACCUGUCUCGCUACCUGGAGUCCCGAGACCCCUCGGGCCCCCGAGGGCUGCCGCCCCCAGACUAUGCCCACCUGCAGCGCAGCUUCUGGGCCCUGGCCCAGAAGGUGCACAGCUCGCUCAGCAGCGUCCUGGCCGCCCUCACUGCUGAACGGGACCGACUGAGGGGCCUGCACCAGGGUUCGGAGCCAUCCAGGCUGGGGGUCUCUGAGACCUCGGCCGGCCCGAGGCGCCUCCAUUCACUGUCCGUCUCCUCUGACACCACUGCAGAUUCCUUCAGCUCCCUCAAUCCCGAGGAGCAAGAAGCUCUGUACAUGAAGGGGCGAGAGCUGACCCCCCAGCUGUCCCAGAGCAGCGUCCUAUCCCUUGCUGACUCCCACACAGAGUUCUUUGAUGCCUGUGAGGUUCUCCUCUCUGCCAGCUCUUCUGAGAAUGAGGGCUCGGAGGAGGAGGAAUCGUGCACCAGUGAAGUCACCACCAGCCUGUCUGAGGAGGUGCUGGACCUCCGGGGAGCCGAGCGCUGUCAGAAAGGUGCCCACCCGGCGAGCAGGAGGGAGGGCUGGAGGUGGGCCCAGAAACGGAGUGUGUCCAGGCCCAGGCCCCUUGGGAAGUCGUCCCUUGUGUACAUCGCAGCCUUCGCGGUGUCUGCCUACUCCUCCACGUACCACCGGGCGGGCUGCAAGCCCUUCAACCCUGUCUUGGGGGAGACCUAUGAGUGUGAGCGCCCUGACCGAGGCUUCCGCUUCAUCAGUGAGCAGGUCUCCCACCACCCCCCCAUCUCAGCAUGUCAUGCGGAGUCUGAAAACUUCAUCUUCUGGCAAGACAUGAAGUGGAAGAACAAGUUCUGGGGCAAAUCCCUGGAGAUUGUGCCUGUUGGGACAGUCAACGUGAGCCUGCCCAGGUUUGGGGACCACUUUGAGUGGAAUAAGGUGACGUCCUGCAUUCACAACAUCCUCAGUGGCCAGCGCUGGAUCGAGCACUACGGGGAGGUACUCAUCCGGAACACACAGGACAGCUCCUGCCACUGCAAGCUCACCUUCUGCAAGGCCAAAUACUGGAGCUCCAACAUCCACGAGGUACAGGGAGCCGUGUUCAGCCGGAGUGGCCGUGUCCUCCACCGACUCUUUGGAAAGUGGCAUGAGGGGCUGUACCGCGGACCCCCGCCGGGUGGUCAGUGCAUCUGGAAGCCCAACUCAAUGCCCCCAAACUAUGAGCGAAACUUCGGCUUCACUCAGUUUGCCUUGGAGCUGAAUGAGCUGACCACAGAGCUGAAACGGUCCCUGCCUUCCACGGACACACGGCUCCGGCCAGACCAGAGGUACCUGGAGGAGGGGAACAUACAGGCAGCCGAGGCCCAGAAGAGAAGGAUCGAGCAGCUUCAGCGAGACAGGCGCAAAGUGAUGGAGGAGAACAACAUUGUCCACCAGGCCCGCUUCUUCAGGCGGCAGACGGACAGCAGCGGGAAGGAGUGGUGGGUGACGAACAACACGUACUGGCGGCUGCGGGCUGAGCCGGGCUACGGGAACCUGGACGGGGCCGUGCUCUGGUAGCCCAGGCCCCGGGGGCAGGAGGCCUCGGUCCUCCCUCCUGCCCCCAUGGACACACGGACGAGGCCAGCCUGUCCCACUUGGCUGCCCUGGAGACCGAAGGGGCAGCCCUGGCUCUGGCCCUCUCCCCUCUGCCGGCCAGAGGGGCUUCAUCUCAGCCCAUCACCCACCUCUUGUUUGGGGUGGGAAGCAGGAUUCGUGCUUCCCCAGUCUUGUUGCCCCCAGACAACCGGCAUGUAAGACCCUCCUUGCUCUGUCAUCCCCCUUCCUUCCCUCCCUGGGGCACCUGGGGGAGUCUCCAGGCCCUCCAAGAUCUUCCCCAUUUCAGUGCCUUCCUAGGACACAGGGGACCCCUUGAUGCUCCCCAGGCUUCCUUGGCCCAGGACUCCGGCCCCAGCUGUGAGGCUGUGAGGCUGGAGUGAGUGAAGGAGAGGGGAUGGCCUUUUCCCACCCCCGUCCCUCCCACGCCCCAUCUCCAGCAUUUUCUCUCCAUGCCCUGGCCCAGGGGGGCUCCCUUUGCUUGGCCCUGGCAGUCUCUCCCAUCCUCCCAGAUCCCCUUCUCCCAAACCACAAAACGCCUGCAGCCGCCAGCUCCUUCAUACCUGGUCCUCAGUGGUUUCCUUCAGUCUCAGCUCAGCGGAUCCCCCCAGAGCAGGCGGGGCAGGAAGGGUACUUGGCCUCUGACCCACCGGGAGUGAGUGAACAUGUGUGAGUGUCUGUGUAGAAGUGUGUGUGUGCGUGCACGUGUGUGCCUGUGUACUGCUUGCGGGCGAGCAGGAUUCCUCAUGUAGGCCGGACGUCCCCCCACCAGCGGGGGGAGGGGGUGUCUGCUGCCGUUGCUGCUCAUCUUACCAGUCUGCCUCUGAUAAAGGUGAAUUGCUAUGACAUUCCAAGCUCCAAUAAAGACUGUCUCAAACUUUGGCCUGUGACCAUUCCUUUAAAAACACGUGUGCUCAAGCUCAGGCUUUCCUCAAGGCUCAGCUAGUAAAAAAAACAUGC